UGUAUUUUACAUACAUAUUCAAAUUUUGACAGCUAAUGUUAUGGCAAACUCAGGAAUUCAAAUUAUCGGCUAUGUUUUGGCACUUGGUGGUCUCGCUGCCUCAAUCGCUGCCACUUUCAUGGUUGAGUGGAAAAGAGAUGCACCUAAGGAAGGUGAAAAUAAUUCUAGGAAUUAUCAUUAUUCAGGACUAUGGGAAUCAUGCUCAGUUGACAGAACAGGAACCAGGUGGUGUGAGCCUUACACUUCAAUCAUCCACCUGACAAUUGAGUUGCACGUCGCUCGGGCAGGUAUGCUGCUCAAUAUUCUGCUGUCCAUCUGUGGGCUGUUACUAACCACAUUUGGGUUGAAAUGCACCAAGUGCCUUGAUGGAAACCGGUUGGCAAAGAAUCGCAUUGUCAUGGCAGGAGGAAUCUUCAUUAUGAGUUCAGGUCUUCUGUCACUGUCAACUACUUCUUGGUAUGCAAAUACCAUUGUCCAGUCCUUCGACCAGGGUAAAAGGUAUGAGUUUGCAAGUGCCAUGUUUGUGAGCUGGACUGGGGCUGUCCUUGCCCUGGUCGGUGGAGCUUUCCUUGGCAUCAGGUGCCCUGCAAAUAGUGAAAGGCCAUCCUUUCGACCCCAGAAUCUCCAGCCUGUUUCCAAAUCAGGUACAGACUAUGUCUAGGCUAGUGCAGACUUGAGAAGAUUCCAUAUAUUGCCAGCAUCUAACCAUGGUCAUGGAUGAACAUAUGUUCUUAAUGUAUGUUUGAAACUGGAGUACAAUUGACAAAUUUUCUUUAUUCAAGCUUGAAAAUAAUGCAACAACAGACAAUACUAUAACGGUUUCUUUGCACCAGCUUUAUUGCAUUAAACAAUAAUUUGUAAAGAACAGGUCAUUGUGCUCUCUUCCUGUUAUAAAAAAAAACACAUUCAGUCCAAUGUGAUUUAACCAUAGAUUGUCAAACUAAUAUUGUUUGAGCAUUUGCUAACAGGUCAUACUUUGCUAAAUGUAAGGAUACUUCAGUUACAUUUUUUAUUUUCCCCAGUACUUUUAUAUUGCUUUUCUGUCAUAAAUCUCAACAGAAAGCUCCCUCUGCUUGGACAUUUUAAACAGAGCAUGGAUUUAAUGUAUUUUCCACUGUAGAGAAUGUAUCAUGCACAAUAACAAUUUGGAGCAGUGGAUUAGGCUAUUAAAUUAUGAAAUGCUAUAGAAAAGUUAUAGAUAUUGUUUUUGGUGUCCUAAAGUUCUUGUUAUUUAUGACCUUCAUCUUAAGGUCAAAGUAUUAUAUGUUUAACUUGUAACUGUGUGAUUAAAAGUAAUUGGUCUUUUUUUUACCUG